UGUAUCUUAUCUUUUAUUUUUCUUUUUUUCUUUUUUUUUCUAUUUUUUCUUUUUUUUUUGCAAAUUCUUCCUUAAAUAAAAAUUACGUCGAUAUAUACAAAAGUUAUAAUGAUAGUUUAUGAUGUGAUGAGGUAAAAAGUUUCGUUCUCAUUAAAAUUGAUCGAUCGAUCGAAGAAAAAGAUCCAUAGAAAAAAUUUUUAAUAUCCUUUUGACGAUAGGGACUAAGGUAAUGUGAAAAAAAAAAGAAAGAAAGAAAGAAAAGAAAGAAAUUAAAAAAAGAAAAAAAAAGAAAAGGUGAAAGUGAAUAAUUCGAUUAGGUCCAUCUUUUCAAAAGUAACAUUAAUCUAUGGGAACAAUACCGAUGGAGCAAACUCGACGAAUCGAGACGAGAACAGCUGGCUAUUAAAGGGUAGUCGUGCAUGAAACGGAAGUGAAGAAGAAAGGGAAAAAGGACGGCCUGUUUUGGCUUAUAAUCAGAGAAUCGAUAUAGUGACUCACCAGAUCGUAUUUAAUAUCAUCGACACGGAACUAAUGAAACGAGAUUUGCAUUUUUUAAAAAAAAAAAAAUAAGAAAAAAAAUUCAAGAAAGAAUUCAAAAGUGCAAAUGUGUCUCUUCUGUUUUUCUUCUUUGUUGAAUUUGUUUAAAAAAAAAAAAAAAAAAAAAAAACAACAAGUGUGGUGGUAUAAAAAUAAUUCAAUGUAUGGCUGAUGGAUUGUAUAGCCCAUCGAAAAUAAUUCAAGAGAAUAACCAUAAUUCUUUUUCUUUCUCUCUUGUACAUUUUUAAAGAAGUGAGAAUACCAUGAACGAAUUUUGAUCGAUAAAAAAAUCAUAAUAAUUGAUUAUUAUUUUCUUUUUCGUUAUUAAUAAUGUUAACCAAAGAUAUUCUUUACAUUGAUUCGUACAAUUUAAAAUCAUGGCGUCUAUCAGUGAAAACGUCGUUGGAAUUGUGAUUAGUAAAAAUCAAAGUACAGUGUCUUGUGAUAUAAUAAUCAUUACAAGAGACAUCGUAAAAAUCGAUUGAUCGUUUAUUAAGUAAAUGAUUUAUAAGUGAUAAAAAGUGGGGACGUUCGUUCUAAAUAAUAUUUUUUCCGUCAUUUGUUCGAUGAUAAAAAAGAAAAAAAAAGAAAAAAAAAAAGAAAGAAAGAAAGAAAUCAUGUGAACUGUUCGGAUAAAAUAUAGCGGGGAGAAAACUCAGAUUUUUUUUCUACCAAUCCAAUCGAGUUCCUAAGAACGAAGCUGAUCAAAGUAAAUCGUUAACAUCGAAGAUAUAUAAGAUAGUCGAGUGGUAUACACGGUGGGAAAAAAAGAAAAAGGGAAGAAAGAAGGAGAAAAUAAAAAGCAAGAAUAAAGAAGAGUGAAAAAGAAAAAGUCAUGAUGCAGUCCUUGGAAAAUUCUUUCGAUUCCAUAAACAAUUAUCGUUGGAACACGUCGUUAUUAUGGUUCGACAAUUACACCUUCGAUAACUUGGUAUCUAACGAUACAAACUCGACGGAUCUCGAGUUGAGAAAUCAAUUCAUACUGCCAUGGUGGAGACAGAUGAUAUGGAGCUUGCUAUUUGCCGGUAUGAUCAUUGUUGCUACCGGUGGAAAUCUAAUAGUGAUAUGGAUUGUCCUUGCGCACAAGAGGAUGCGUACAGUAACCAAUUACUUCUUGGUCAAUCUCAGUAUAGCAGAUGCCAUGGUGUCAACGUUGAACGUUACAUUUAAUUACAUUUACAUGCUCAACAGUCAUUGGCCAUUUGGUACUCUUUACUGUAAGAUUUGCCAGUUCAUCGCGGUACUCACUAUUUGUGCGAGUGUCUUCACUUUGAUGGCUAUCUCGAUCGAUCGGUACAUGGCUAUAGUGAAUCCAUUGAGACCAAGAAUGGGUCGAAGAGCUACCCUUUGUGUCGCUGUGGUCAUUUGGAUCGUCGGCGCCAUUCUUUCUUUCCCAAUGCUGCUCUUUUACACUACCUACACACAAAACUUCGCUAACGGUGAAGUUCGAGUAAUAUGUUACAGCGAUUGGCCUAACAGAGACGACAAUGGUCUUAGCUUUCAGGAAUACCUAUACAACGUAAUCUUUAUGAUCCUAACAUAUUUUCUACCAAUCGGCUCGAUGACUUUCACAUAUGCCAGAGUCGGUGCAGAAUUAUGGGGCUCGCAAAGCAUCGGCGAAGCUACGGCAAGACAAUUGGAAAAUAUUCGAAGUAAACGAAGGGUCGUCAAGAUGAUGAUCGUAGUGGUGGUAAUAUUCGCAGUCUGUUGGUUACCAUUUCACGUAUACUUCAUAGUAACAUCGUAUCUACCAGAGAUCACAAACGAAUCUUACAUUCAAGAAGUGUUUCUUGGUAUCUAUUGGCUAGCCAUGUCGAAUAGCAUGUACAAUCCUAUAAUUUAUUGUUGGAUGAAUUCUAGAUUUCGUCGUGGUUUCGCUCAACUUUUUUCAUGGUGUCCAUGGGUAAGGGUCAUCCCCGAACCGUCUCUCUCUCGUUCAGAAGCAGUUACAUCACGAUAUAGUUGUACCGGAAGUCCUGAAGCUAAUACGAGGAUAUCACGGAACGGCACGGUACGAAUACCGCUGCAUCUACAAUCAACGAGAGGAGAAGGAAAUGAACGUUUUUUGGGACAUCAAAUUCGUGGAAGAAGAUGGAGAAAUAAUCAAGAAAGAGGGCACGUUUCCUGACAGGAUCAGGAAAUUACUACAACUACUACUACUACUACUAAUCAACAACAACAACAACAACAACAGCAACAACAACAACAACCACAACAACAACAUCAACAACAAGUGCAUACUUGGAUAUGAAAAAGAUUUAUAUCCAUAAAAAUAUACUAGCACUUAUGACCUUUUAAACCGGUUCUACGUUAUGGCUGAAAACCAAACGUUGAGAGAAUCUUCAUUAUAUCUUCCCAUCGAUAUAAUAGAUCUCUUUUCUUCCUACCAUGAUACUUUUACUUCCUAUUUUUUUUCUUUUUUUUUUUUUUUUUUUUUUUUUACAUCAUACGACAAAUUACCAUGCCACAGAUUCACGAGGCUAUAUUUUUUUCAAUUGCAUUCCCACUUUUAUUUUUUCUUUUUUCUUUUUCCUUUUCUUUUCUUCUUUUCUUUUUUGUUUUUCCCCCUUCAACGUUACCGUCAUCUCGUUAAUUAUAUUUAAAAAAAAAAAAAUAAAAAUAAAAAAAAAAUAAAAAAAAAUAAAAAAAAAAUAAAGGCAAAAAAAAGAAAAACGGACCAAUGACUAUACAUUUACUAUACUUUCCAUAAGGUGAAAAAUAAAAAAUAGUCUUUUUCUAAGAUGAAAAUCAAAAAAGAAAAAAAGAAAAAGAAAAACACACGAUCGAAACGUUAGUUGAAAAUACAUGAAUAUAUUUGUUGUAAGUUCAUCUAUUAAUAUUUUAGAAAGAUGAAAGAAAAUGUUUCAUUAUGUACCUAAUCUGCUUGUUCCUAUCAUACAUACAUAAUAUUCUAAUAACCGAACUGAUGUUUAAAGAUGUAUAAUUAUAAUCGAGUCAAACAUAAACCUCUUCACGAGAAGUUCCAUUAAUAAGACAAAUUACAUUUCUUUUUUCGAUAGAUAAGGCAGAUAAUUUUCAAGUAAUAUUUUAUAUUAAUUAGUCAAUCAUUGAGUUCAAUGACGUAAUUCUUUUUUAUAAAUCGUCGAUUAUUUUCCCGAUAAAAUAUUUUUUUCUUUUUUUAUUUCGUUUCGUGAUACAGAUAAAAGGGAUUAAUUUGAAAUUAAAAAUAUCGAGAUGGAAUAAGAAAUAAUUGUAAAUGAACGAAAUUCGACCUAACUUUGUAAUUGUAAACAAACAAAAAAAAAAAAAAGUAAUCUAUAAUUAAAAUAUUAUCUUUGUUAAAUUCUUUAUCGACAACAAUUUAAAGUUAUCGAUACUAGUCACACAAACGCACGAGAGAUUAAAAAAAUAUAAUUAAGAUUCGUAUAAUUAUACUUGAUAAUAAAAGAAGUAAUAAUAAAAAAAUAAAAAGGAAAAAAAAAAAAUUAUAAAAAGUAUACUUGCGAAAGGAGCUUUGUUUAGACGAAAAAAUUCUGCUAUUAUUACGGAGCAAGAAAAAAAAAGUACUCUGGGAAAACCAAACGCUUUUUAAGAAUACGAAUGUACAUAGUUAAUAUUAUUAAUCAUUGUAAUUAAUUGUGUGUAAGGUAAACAAAAAUUCGAGAGAUAAUAGAGAAUUAUUAAGAACGAAUUAAGGAAAAUAUGUCGGUUUAAUAUCAUGAAACAAAUAUAUUGACGAAAUGACGAUGAAAAUUAUUUUGUUUAUUUUCUUUUUUUUUUUUCGACGAGUAUCGAUACAAGAUAAAAAGAAAAAUAAAAAAAAAAAAAAAAGAAAUAAAGGAAUAAGAGUCAUAAAAGAAAUCAUUAGAGUUAAAAAUAAUCGAAAACAUUUUACGUGAUGGACCAUGAAUCAAAUUAUUAUUACCAUAAAGAAUGGUGGAUAAAAAAAUUUUUUAAAUAAAAUCUUUCUACCUGUUGUACAAUUAUCGUAAAGAAGAUGAAAAAACAAAUGAAGGAAGGAAGAUCAUUAAUUUCAUAUACCAAAUUUAUCAAAUGAAUGAUACCUUUCAAAUGAAUACUAUCAGUAUGUAAAAUUACAUUACACGUUGUAUGCAUUUCUGAUGUUAUAAUGAAAUAUAAGAUCUCGUGAGAGAAUAAUCGACAAAAAAAUGUGUGAAACUUUAUGUAAGAUUAAUAAGUCAUAAAUUUGAUAAUCACUUCUCUCUUUCUCUCUCUCCCUAUCUCUCUCUCUCUCAAUCUCUCUCUCUCUCUCUCUCUCUCUCUCUCUCUCUCUCUCUCUCUCUCUCCUAGAAUCUGCGAUUCUAGUAAAUACAUAGAUAAAAAGAAGACAAAGAGAAAAAAGAAAAAAGAUAAUAUCAGAAAAGCAUUGGUACGAUAAAUGUGUCCAAUGAAAAAUCAAUGCAGAAUAUAGAUGUAUACGCAUUGUUAUCUUAUAUACAUAUAACGUCGUGUAUUCUGCUAUUAAUUGUAUCCUGAAAGAUGCAUUAAUAAAAGUUCCAUAUUUUUCA